UAACGUUUCUCAAUGGAUGGUGUUGAUAUUCUAGCAGAUAUUCUCUUACAAAUUUCACAUUUUCUCUAAAAGUCUAAAUAUUUCGUGUUUUAUUACUCAAUAAACUGAAAAUUAAUUGAUAAAUCUGUUUUUUUUUAUCAUUUUGUCACUUGAAAGAGAUUAUUUAAUUUUGUUUUAGUUGUUAAAUUUGGUGGUUAUUGAAAAGUUAACUUUGAACCGCAAACUGAACUAAAAGGUGUCGUCUCGUCUGCUCGUUUCAAAUCAGUUCGCCAAGUGGGAAUAUGUCGUCGAGCGCGUUAGGUUCCGUCGUUUCGAGAAUGGCUGGCGCGUCUAAUUGCCAAUCAAUUGUUCUGCGCGGUGGACCCCUCAAAGAUUUUAUCAAUCGAGGUAAGAUAGUAGAAAACGUCUCAAAUUUCACCAAACGUUGUUUCGUUCGUGUCGGGUCCACGCUUUCCGUAUCUGCGAAUGCUGGCCGUCAUAAAGAUGGAGAGAACGAAUUUGAAAAUUUCGUCGUACGUUUAAUAAUGAAGAGAUUGAAAUUAUGUUAUGGUGCUGCUAAUAAUCAGUAUCAUCUGCUCCAAUUUGAUCAUCGCUGCCUAAGUACUGCUGUUAAAGGAGAGGAAGCAGUUAACCUGAAAGUAAAAGAAAAAUCUGCUUCAUCAACAGCAUCACCAACUUCACAGACAUCGGCUCAAGCUGCUUCCCCAGCUGUGUCAAAAAAAUUUGAAAUUUCAUAUGAAGAUUUAUUGUCAUUCGUUCGUCUUGAGGAAAAGUUUUUGUUUGAUGUCAGGGAGCCAAAGGAAAUUCAGGACACUGGGUCUCUUCCUCACGCCAUCAACAUACCAUUAACUCAAUUGAAAGCGAGUCUCCAGUUGGAUGAAUCAGAGUUCACAGCCAGGUUUCACAUCAGGAAGCCCUCCCCUACCGACUCGCAUCUCAUGGUCUUCUACGGGCUGUCCUCGGUUAAGGGCAUGUCUGCUCUUGAAAUUGCACACAAGCUUGGCUUUAAAAAGUAA